CUGUGCUCUCAACCAGAACGCUACGAGCUGUCAAGCAAACGUUUGUGAGGAUACGGUGUCAACGGUCACAUUCUCGGCUGGCCUUUUGCCAAUAUGAACUUAACGCACAAUUAUCCUGAUUUGAUGACAUAAAUAUAUAAUUGGAUAAGAGCACAAUUGAGGAAACACCGCUCUGACCAUACAAGCUGCCAGCUGAACAGUGGAGGACAACAUUCGAAACAUGGCGGACCUCGAGAGCAAGGAAGACACAGUAACAAGCAAUGUAGCUAAGAAAGAAGGGGGGCCUCUUCCAACUACCCAGGAAUCUACUGCAUCAGGACCCGCCGUAUCAACUCCUGUAACUAGCUUUGAUGUCGAGGACCAGACGGCUGUUUCCCCGGGCGUGGAACGGGGGUAUUGGGGCUCCAAUGCAGAGUUUAUAAUGGCCGCUUUGGCCAUCACCAUAGAUUACAGUCUGAUAUGGAGGCUUCCCUAUAUGUGCUACAGGAACGGAGGGGUUGUCUACAUGAUCCUGUACGGCAUCUUCCUCCUCCUGUUCGGAGUCCCCAUCUUCUACAUGGAUCUAAGUCUGGGUCAGUUCUGUGGGAAAGGCCCAGCCCACAUCUAUAACCUCAGUCCACUACUCAGAGGUAUCGGCGUGGGAAUGGUCGUAGUGAUAGCUAUGUGUCAUCCCCUAUAUAGUACGAUCACGUCAUGGAGUCUGUACUACCUGUUCCAGUCAGGGUCCACUGUUCUACCAUGGUCUACCUGCAGCAACAUGUGGAACACCAUCUCAUGCAUAGAUGAUCAUACGGCAUCAUUUAAUACAAGUCAGGACUCGUACAUGUUCCGUAUGCUGUCGUCCCCUGGGGAAGAAUACUUUAAUAGGCGAGUCUUGGACAUUUCUACUGGGCUCGAACAAUCCGGUGGACUUCGCUGGCAGCUGGUCGGGUGUACAUUCGCCACAGCGCUUCUCAUAUUUGCUGCUUUGUUCUGGGGAGUUAAGGUUACUGGAAAGGUGAUGCUCGUCACGGUGCCACUCAUCUUUCUCCUCCUUCUGGCACUGUUUAUAAGGGGCAUGACGUUACCAGGGUCACUGGAAGGUGUAAAAUACGCCCUCCUACCUUCCGCAUCAAGUCUCCUGGAGCUACAGACGUGGACCUCCGCACUAAUCAGUGCAUGGUAUACAAUCGGGAUGGCAACAGGUGUCAUCAGCACUCUGGCAAGCUACAAACGCUUCAAAUCUACGGCACUGAGGGAUUCCUAUAUAGUGUGUGGCGUGUCACUUGGCGUGGGUAUGAUUACAAGCAUGAUGGUGUUUGCUUUCUUUGGGGCAAUUGCUCAGCAUAAAGGUGUGGCCAUGCAUAACGUGGUAACGGCAGGUCCGUCGACAGUGUACAUUGCCAUGGCGGAAAUGCUUGCACGCCUUCCGGUCCCCCAAGUCUGGAGCUUUGCGUUGUUCUUCAUGCUUUUGUUGAUGGGACUCAGUACACAGGUCCUUACUGCUGAAGUUGUAAUAACGGCAGUGCUGGAUAGCGUGCCCCGCCGAUCUCGCCUGAUACGAAUCGUCAUCACUGCCGCCGUCUGUGGAGUCUCCUUCCUUCUCACCUUUCCUUACCUUUCAGAGGGUGGUAUCUACUUCUUCACUAUGGUAGACAUUAGUGUUAUGAGGCUUUCUCUCUAUGUAUUUGGCUUCCUGCAGCUUCUAACAGUCGGAUGGAUAUAUGGCAUUGAGCAGUUAAGCAGAGACAUCAAGAUGAUGACAGGUCUCCGACCUCCUGUCGUCUUCAAGCCCAUCUGGUGUUUCGUCCUUCCACCCUUAUCCUGUUGAUGUUUUUACAUUCCCUCAUAAACCACUACCGGCUUGUUUACGGCAGCUACAUUUUCCCCGUGGGGGCUGAAGUGCUGGGCUGGUUCAUUUCACUGGUGCCCCUUGCACCACUACCACUGUUCGUUUUCGUCGCGAUCUUUUUUGCUAGAAGUCAGCCUGUUUUGAGUCCAAGGCCCGACUGGGGUCCAGCUGACCCGGCCUACCACGCGGAGUACCACAGCCAGAAGUCCAGAAACAUGACCCUGACUGACAAAA